CAAAUCUAACACACAUAUAUAUAUACCUCGUUUGAAACACAAUUAGGUGCCUCCCUUUCUUUCUUUCUUUCCAUGGAUGGAAAGACAGCUCUUAAUCGCAAUAGUUUGCACAUUUUCAAGCAGUUGCGAGUUACAUUCAAAAUGAUGCGAGACGAGGAUGCCAUUGCAUCCCUACAUCCCAUGGAGCGCAAAGCAGACAUGAUCACUUCUCUCAGUAUUCCUGGGAUGAGGUUGAGCUGGGGAAACGAUUCUAACAGUGGGUUUUUUACAAAACUGGAUGGUUUAUGACGAGUGAGCAAUAUUGUUGUUUGUUAGAGUUACGUUUUAUCCCCACUCUAAAUUGUUAAGCGCUAUUACAGUUGAAACCCGUGGUAUUGCGAUCAUCAACGCAUCGUCUGAAAUCCUAAAACGCUGUAAACAGCGUCUCUUGAAGGAUAAUGGAGAUGGAAUUUCCUGUAGAUAUAUUUCUCUCUUGCAGGUUUCCAUUGGAAAAAUAUCCUUAAUGCACGUUAUAUCUACUCACGCUUACUCUAAUCACAUGGGUUUUGUACCGGAUAUGAUUUUACACAACAGUCUUCUCAACAUGUAUGUUAAGUGCGGUAGACUGGAUGAUGCUCGCAAAGUGUUUGACAGAAUGCCUGAACGAGAUGUCUGCUCAUGGACUGUCGUGAUCUCAGGGUAUGCAAAGCAGGGGCCUGCCGAUGAGGCAAUGAUGUUGUUCCAGGACAUGCAAGGAGAAAAUCUUGAAGCCAAUCAGUUUACUUUUGCCAGUCUUCUCUCUGCGUGCGCUAGCUCAGCAUCUCUGGAUCGUGGGAUGGAAAUCCAUGAACACAUACUUAGACAAGGUUUUCAUUCUGACAUUGUCUUGGCCACCGCGCUUAUUGACAUGUAUACAAAGUGUGCAAGCAUAGAUAAUGCACGCAAACUAUUUGACAAAAUAGAUCAGCAUGACAAGGUCUCCUGUAAUGCCAUGAUUGCAGGGUAUUCUCAGAAUGGGCUUGUUGGUGAGGCAUUCAAACUGUUUCACAAAAUGCCACAGAGGGAUGUGUUUUCCUGGACUUCUAUGAUUGCAGGAUUUGCACUGAAUGGAUUUGUGGAUGAUGCACUGAAAUUGUUUGACAAAAUGCCUCAACGAACAGUUGUUUCAUGGAAUGCUAUGAUCGCAGGACUUGCACAGAAUGGACAAGUUGAUAAGGCCCUGCAUUUGUUUGAACAAAUGCCUAAAAGGGAUGCAUAUUCAUGGACAGCAAUGAUUGCCGGAUAUGCACAGAAUGGGUUUGUUUGGGAAGCCUACAAACUAUUUGAGGAAAUGCCUCAGAGACAAAUGGUCUCGUGGAACUCCAUGCUAUCUGGAUUUGCACAAAAUGGUCUCGUUGAGGAAGCCCUGAAACUUUUCCAGGAGAUGCCUCAGCGAGACUUGGUGUCAUGGAAUGCAAUGAUUGCAGGAUAUGCACAAAAUGGACAUGGUGAGGAAACCCUGGAACUUUUUAAACAAAUGGAAUUGGCUGGAGUUAGGCCAGAUUCAAAAACCUUUGUUGCCGUUCUUCCAGUGUGUGCGAAUCUGGCAGCUCUAGGACAGGGUAUGGAAAUCCAUGAUAAAAUUAAAAAAAGUGGAUUGCAAUCUGAUAUUUUAGUGACAAAUGCACUGAUAGACAUGUAUUCGAAAUGUGGGAGUAUAGAGAAGGCACGUAGGCUAUUUGACAAAAUGCAUCAACCAGACGUCGUCUCCUGGACAGCUAUGAUUGCUGGAUAUGCUAUGCAUGGCUGUGUCAAGGAAGCCCUAAAACUCUUUGAAGAAAUGAACCAUACUAGAAUAAGCCCAAAUCAUGUGACCUUGGUAAGUGUUUUAUCUGCGUGCAGCCAUGCAGGUCUAGUUGACGAGGGCUAUCAAUACUUUACUUCCAUGAGUGACAAUUAUCAUAUUAUUCCCACAAUCGAGCACUAUAGAUGCAUGGUUGAUCUUCUUGGACGUGCUGGAAAACUAGAUGAGGCCAAAAACUUUAUCGAUGAAAUGCCAAUAAAACCAGAUGCUGCUGUGUGGAGUUGUUUGCUUGGUGCUUGCAGAAUUCAUAAUAAUAUAGAACUAGGAAAAUGGGUGGCAGAACAUGUUUUGAAGUUGGAGCCUAAUAAUGCUGCUUCAUAUGUUCUUCUCUCAAACAUGUAUGCUGCUGCAGGCAGGUGGGGUGAUGUUGAAAAGUUGAGAAAAAAGAUGAAAGACAAAGACAUUAAAAAGACACCAGGAUGCAGUUGGAUUGAGGUGGAUAAAACGGUUCAUACAUUUCUUGUAGGAAAUAGAUCACAUCCCCAAUUUCAGAAAAUUUAUUCAGAGUUGCAGAGAUUGUCUUUGGAGAUUAAACUCGCAGGGUAUGUUCCUGAUACAAGGUUUGUGUUGAAUGACGUUAAGGAGGAGGAGAAGGAACAUAUUCUUUGGAAUCAUAGUGAAAAGCUAGCAAUUGCAUUUGGAUUAUUAAACACGCCCCCUGGUACAACAAUUAGAGUUAUUAAGAACCUUCGAGUUUGUGGUGACUGCCAUUCUGCAAUCAAGUUCAUCUCCAAGAUUGUUUCAAGAGAGAUAAUCUUGAGGGAUGUCAAUCAUUAUCAUCAUUUUAAAGAUGGUCGGUGCUCAUGUGGGGACUAUUGGUGAUACAAAAGGUAGUGAGGAAAUAAAGUUACUUUAAUUUUCUA